AUGUUGCUCUCUCUUCCAGCGGAGAUUCUUCAUCUCAUCCUCUCAAACCUGGAACGGUACGAUUUAAAACGAGUAUGUGAGGUCUCGAAAGCUCUACGUUCAGUUGCAACUCCAUUUCUUUACCACUCCUUGACGAUAUGGUUGGCGCGCGAGAGAGAUGAAUAUCAAUCCGAACGGCUGCUCAGGGUGCUCCACUCUUUUUUGAACAUCCCGCCCGACCAGCCUAAUCCUCUACAAUUCGUCCGCAGCCUGGAAUUUCUCCCAGUUGCCCGCGAUCGAACCUUGGGGUGUGCCUCGUUCAAUGUGCACGCGGAGACGCCCCCGGAUCCUGCAUUCCCCCUACCAGCGCCAUAUCGUAUCGGGCAAUCUUUCCGUCAGGAGUUUUGGGAAUUCGAUGCAGGGAUCGGGUGUAUUUUGCGUCUCCUAAAGGAAGACCAUCUUCAAAAGCUACGAUGGAAUCUUGGCAUCUGUACACCGAAGAUACCAUUAAAUUUGUACCUUGCCACAAAGCAGAAACGGAUCGAGGAGAUCUGGUUGAAAACCGACCCGGGUUGCGCCCAUGCUCUCCCACAUGAUGGCUAUUUCCCGCUUACUGCAUUCAAGGCUCUGCGACUACUAUCAUGGACAGGUAUCACAGUUCAACAGAGACUCACAGCCCUGAGAUAUUGGUUUCUCUCCGACUUGAGGCAUAUUGCGGUGUUGGAGUUGGGUUUUCGAUCGUGGAAGGAUUCGGUCGCUCUCAGACCCCUCCUCGAUCAAGGUGCGCCGGCGCCUUCCACCGCCUACUGCUGUUUCUGCCUCCUAGAUCUGGAGCCUGGCACAAGAAGGUGUAAAUUCCCUUCACUUCUGAACCUGAAGUUGGAAUGCGUGCUGUAUCAUCGCGGACUCGAAGUGGAAUGUGCCUAUUCUAUGAAUUUCCACGAGUUGAAGAGACUCAGUCUAUGGAGAUGUCCAUGUGUAACACAGCUGCUGAAAGAACUGGUCGCAAACAACUUCCCAAUCCAGCUCAACUUUUUCGAACUCUGUGACCGUUCUACCGGCGAUUCCCAGGUAGACAUAGAUGUGUUAGUCGGUUUUCUCCGGUCCUUCUGUGGUCUGGAAACGUUAUGUCUCUUCCUUGAUCACCAGAGCCGCGGCUUUGCACAAUGCGUUCAAGCGAUCGUCCAUCAUGCAGAUACCCUCAAAAGCCUGGUCUACGAUGUCGAGUCACUUUACCGCAGUAAACUUACCGCCUCAAAGCCAUCGUUCAUCAAGGCCUUCAUUCAGUGCCCUCUUGAGGUGCUAUUUGGCAACCCUAAGCUUGAGCGUCUCGCCCUCUUUUCCUCCGUCAUAUACUUGAGGAGACAUAAACUGAGCCAACUUCCUGGAGCCAAAUCCCUCAGAUUUCUCUAUGUCAGAGAAUUUCACAGCGUUCUAGGCGAUAGAUUCAAUUUACUUUUGGCACGAAAGGCAGGGCAACUUAAUGAUUCAUCUUUCCCUGGUGCCCGCUUGCGCAGAGGAAUCGAGCCCAGCAGCAUGUGCCACUAUGGGGACAGGACACGGCGAGAAUUCGUGCAAUGGGCAUUUGGACCAGAAGGCUUUCCCGCUCUUGAAGUCAUUGCUGUUGGAGACUUUUCGCGGAGGAAACCCAAGGGAUUCCUUUUCGGCAGAAAUGCCUCAAGCCAGCGGCUUGAUGAGCAGGGUUCCCCCGAGAGAACGACACUCUUCGGAAACACGAUAAAUGACGACAGUAACGCUGUAAGGUGGCAGCACCAGAAGUAUUCCUUGUUGUUUUUCAAGGGUGGAUUCUGGUGCAUAUAUGUCAGUUUGUUUACGAUUAAGCGGGGAUUCAUGGUCCGAUGUUCCGGGUCGGGUGCAAUUUGGGAUAUUAAGUAUUGGGCACCUCUCACCAUUCGUUUACCAAAACCGAAGGCUUAA